AGAGCGACCGACUUGUCGCCGGAGAGACCUGUUAGGUGAUUGCGUUCUGAGCUCCGACACUCAGGUCCCCACUCAGUUCACGGGUAACUAGCAAAAGUUAAACUUAAUACCAGCGGGAAUUCAAAAAUUUCACAAUGGCCAAUCGGGAAUUACAGCUGAAUUCUGGAAUGCGAUGCGCCAAGUAUAUGCUCAUCAUUGUGAGCUUUAUGUUUGCGCUGACCGCCGUCCUACUCAUCAUGGUGGGAACAACGAUCCAGGCGAUCUUUGGAGACUUUAGCCUCUUCAUCGAUGGACACUUCUCGUCGCCUCCGGCCCUCCUCAUAGCCAUCGGAUUCAUUCUGAUUGCGGUGGCCACUCUGGGCGGCUAUGGAGCCGUUAAGGAGAGUGUGAUGGUGAUCAACCUGUAUGGUGUGUGCCUGUUCCUGGUCUUCAUCCUGGAGGUGUCCGCAGCCAUUGCCGCCUUCGUGAUGCAGUCCCAGGUGAAGGGAAUGCUGAUGCGCACCAUGCACGAAGCCCUGGCCGAAUACGACAACGAUCCCUAUGUGCAAGCUGGUGUGGAUUUCAUGCAGUCCGGACUUCAGUGCUGCGGUGUUAACCAGCCCGAAGACUGGAAGGAGUACUAUGGACCAAACAAGAACUCCAGCCUGCCCGCCGAUGACGUGGUUGUGCCGAACUCCUGCUGCGGUAAUUUGGCCAAGGAUGAGAACGAUUCCCUCCAGGUCACCUGCUUGGACACCUUCGACUAUGGCUGCUUCCGCAAGAUGAACUUCAUUGUGUCGCAGAGCGCCAUGCUGAUUGCCACGGGAGCCACCACAGUGGCCUUCGUCCAGCUUCUGGGCGUUCUCUGUGCCUUCAUGCUGGCCAAGACUCUCCGCCGCAACAAGUCCAUCCGGGAGGCCCGUCGCUGGCAACUGCAGCAGAGCCUCGGCGUGCUCAUCUCCGGGGGAAAGAUGGCCCCGCCCCAAAACUCUGCAGUCACCGGAUACCAGCAGUUGGGCAACGGCGAACAGGGCAGCCAGGAACCCUACACCUACACGCCCCAGAGUCCCAGCGUGAACUAGGCCCCACGCGACAUAUUUAUUCAUACCAGUAUAUACAUACAUAAAUCUAAAGCAAACCCAAAGAGAUCCGUUUGUAAAUGUAAAAUUUUAAUUUGUUAACAAAA